AUAGUAAGAUACUCUUCUUGGAGUUCUGUAUUAUAUAAUAAACUAUUUGUAAUGUGUUUUGAUUUUUACAGUCGACGAUUUUUGUUCCGCCAACAGAAGGCUUCAACAAUCAUGGAUGCCACACAGCUAACGGAACUAAUGGGCAGCCAUGAUUUUAUGCAAUUACAACAUCAAUUGCAUCACAAUAACAACAAUUACAACACAGACGGACACAAUGGACUGUCUUCAGAAUCGGCGGAGGGAAGUUCUCGACCCGUCCGUCGUGCCACCAGACGAACUUCACAGCUAAGCAAUAAUACUUAUGACCUGGAGAUGACAGACUCCAGUUCGCAAAGCGAUGACACGAGCGGCGGAGGCGGCAGCAGCAACGGGGGUGGCAGCACCACCAACACUGGACAUCCGUCCGGCUGCUCUCUGGGCGGUGAUGGGCCAUCAGGCCGCGGACGGGUACACCAUGCUAGCUCAGGAGCCUGUCCAUCUACCAUUGCAGCGAACAGUACCAGCUCCAACUCUUCCAAUGCAAACGCCAGUAGGCGGCGGAAAGGCGCCCUGAACGCUAAGGAGCGGAAUAUGCGUCGUCUGGAGUCAAAUGAACGCGAGCGAAUGCGGAUGCACAGCCUAAACGAUGCGUUUCAAUCGCUUCGAGAGGUCAUACCGCACGUGGAGAUGGAGCGACGGCUGUCCAAGAUUGAAACACUCACACUGGCCAAAAACUAUAUCAUAAAUCUGACGCACAUAAUACUCUCCAAGCGCAAUGAGGAGGCGGCGGCCUUGGAGCUGAACUCGGGGGCCGUUGGUGGGGUGCUGCUCUCAAAUCUUACCUCCGAAAGUGGGGGACCAGUAGCGAGUGGUAUUGCUUUAAAUUCCAAUGCAGCGACGCUAUGCUUUGAGGAUACCCUGGCCAGCGGAGGACCCUUUGACUGCGCCCUCUUGGCAGCUACCGACGGCAGCCUGCUGAACGCUACCACAGUGACCGCCAGCCCCGCGAUGCAGAGCAUCCAAUCACAAGCCAUACACUUGCAGACACCGAUGGAGCAGCAGCAGCAGCAGCAGCAAGCCAGCCAUCUUCCGCACCAUCAGCAAGCGAUUCAUGGCCAUGGCCAUCUGGGGACCAGCAUGAGCAUUCAAUCGCAGCAGCCUAGGCUUAUACUAAAUGGCACUACAUCGGUGGGCCUGGGAGUUGGAAUCGGGGUUGGUGUCGGAGUGGUCAACAAUGCCACGAGCUUUGCUGAUAUCAAUGAUAAUUUCGACGAGCCCUUCCGAGAGUUUCUGUAAGCCAUCCAUAACGCGGUGGUUCCGGGAUCGUAAGAAACGGGAUUGAAAAGUGGUUGCACACAUUUAUAGCGCUCAAAAACGAUAUUUAUGAACCCCAGCGCGGUGGAUUCACCGGCUUGAGUGUUCGAAACCUUGUGAGUUAUUAUGCUUUCAUACAAUUGUGUCAUUUAUGGAACAUUUUUGCAAUAAACCUAACCAGCAAAUAUUUAAUUUACAAUAAGAAAUUUUAAUUUUCGAUCUGAUACUUCAUUUCUUCAGGCACACAUUUAAUUCUAUACAUCUUUAGAGAGUUUUAUAAUUUUAGUCAAAUGAUUGUAAAGUUGUAAAAGAGCAUGUUCGAUCCUAUAAAAUCCAUAUUUAUAUAGAUUUACUGGGCUAAUAUAGGAAGACAUGACUCUCGUUUCGGUAAAAAGACAAAACAUGACAGAAAUAAAGAAUAAGCUUUACUUUUCAAAAUGAUUUGUUUUGAAUUUCCGAGCGCUUUUAUUGUUGCAAAGGACAUUUGCAAGCAGUAACGCAGUUUUUUAAUUGACUGAUGUAGGAAGUCGACUGCUUUACCAAGCAGGACUGCCUUAGAUUGCACACGUGGGUCCUUUUGUUGUUCAUUACAUGCUAUGAAAUAUUAGUAACAUAUUGGUAUAAUUAUUUAAAUUUGUAUUAGCAAGAUAAAUAAUUUGCUUUAAAACAUAAACAGAUACAUUAACCAUAUGGAUUACAU